AUGGGCCAACCAUCGACUACUGGUGUCGGUCCCAGGAGCUGGACCCUCUGCGGAGCCGUUCUGCUGUUCAUUCUGCAGUUAUUCCAGACCUCCGAUGCACUGCAUCACACCGAGGAGGGACUCGAGUUGCUCUUUCGUGAACGUAACCAAAAAUUUAACAAGAAAUUUUCAAUUUAUUCAACAAAUCCGAAGAGUAAUAGCAACCGAGAGAACAGUGCAAAUCGCUUAUGCAAAUAUGUAUGUAUAUAUCGUGUGUAUAUUUUCAGCUCACAGUCGGACUGGGAGAAUGUGUGGCAUCAGGAGACCCAUUCCCGGUGCCGGGACAAGCUCAUCCGCCAGUUAUACUGGGCCUGCGAGAAGGACAUUUACCGCCUGACGCGACGCAACCGCAAGCGGACGGGCAACGACGAGGCCUGGAUCAAGCAGAGCUCCUCCUCCUCGAAACGUGAGUCUUCAGAUGAUGAUCCUCCUGCACCUGUCAUGUAUAUGUGCAUCUGCAAAAUCCUUUCAGCUGGUACGCCCCCGUCAACUUGGCUGCACGUGAACUACGCCAACAUGUUCCUGAGGACUCGUCGCUCCAACGCUCCAUCGAUCACCAACGAGUGCUGCACCAAGGCUGGCUGUACCUGGGAGGAAUAUGCCGAAUACUGUCCUUCCAACAAGCGACGCAAUCAUUAUUGAUUUCCCUUUGUUCUUUGAU